AUGCUGCAAGUCUUGCCAGACCUUCCAGUGCAAACACAAUGCAGAGUUUGGGGUGAGCACCUGUGGGUCUGCAACACUGAGUAUUGUUGCAUUUUCAUCGAACCUGUUCGGGCAGUAUGGCCCAUCCUGCCAGGACAGGGCUUCUGCCUAGCCUUGGCAGAGGUGCUUCAGGCAUUCCCAGGCGAGCUGGCGACAGUUCUGAAACUGGUGGAUCAAACCUCGGAGCUCCAGUCUGGCCUGAAGGCCACGGAGCAGAAAGAGCGACUGCUGGGACGGCUGCUCGUUUAUGCAGCGGUGCUGCAGGCCGGCAGCCUUCGGCACAAACCCGCGGCACAGGGUGGCAAUGGCCAUGAGGCUUUGGCCAGCGAGGUUGUGUCCAAGCUGGGCAGGGGCUUGCUGCAAGUCUACAACGCCCGUCCCUACAUGGCGCCGGUGGCCGCGUCAAUUCUGGCGGACACGUGUGGCGAACUUUGCCAGGGUGGCCACUACGCCCAAGUACCGGAGGUGAUCUCCGAGUGGAAGCUGGAUCAGAAGGUCGGUGAAGGUGAAGGAAUGGCCUCGUUGGAUGGCAAUGUUUGUGGGCUCGUGAUCGGCUUGCGAACUGCGUAUGAGGACGCGAUUCGCGCGGGCAUGACCCCAUCCUCCCUCAAGUCCUGGCCCUCCUGCGUGCGCAAGGAUGUUCUUCAGGGCGACGUGUUGCCCAAAGUUGCCAAGAACCUCGGCAAGGCCCUCGCUGCGCUGCCAGUGGGCGACCCCGUCCCUCCGUUGCUGGCCGCCUUUUGCGCGUGGUGGGUGCGGCCGUACAAAGGUCGGGACCCUGUGGCCCUGCAGGAGCGGAUUUGGCCAGCGCUCGAGGAGGGGCUCUUCCCAGACCACAGAUCGCCUGCAGCUCUUGCACAGGGGUUCCGCGGCAUGGCCGAGCUGGCGACACAGCUAAGGAGUGCGGGCGAGGAUGCGAAGGUUGAUGAAGUCCUGGCCGGCUUUUUCCAGCAAUUUGAAACAGGAUGGAGCUUACUGCUUGGAACUGUCGCCUGGAACAAGGCACCGGCAUAUCAGUCUGCCGUGCAUGCCCACAGCCGCCUGGUGGCCAUAGUCGGAGGCCAUCGAGACGUUGGACAGCCUGCUCACCCAAAGGCUCACCAGAAGAAAGGCCAAAAGCAGAAGCCAGACGAUGGCGCGCAGAGGCAAGACCUGGAUGAGCUGCCUCCUUUCUCCAUUAGUGAUGAGACAAGGCUGACGAUUUUGGAAGCCUUGCAAUCCCGGAAGGAGUUCCAGAAGGUGCCAGGGAAUCUCCAGAGGCAGUGGCAACAGGCGCUUCUGGCUCCGCUGUCGCCGCCAGGCGUUCGAUCACGUUGCAGCUCCCUCAUCGCGAGCAUUGCGAAGGGCAAAGGACCUACAACUCGCGUGGCUGUGGUGCAGCUGGAGCACCUGGCAGUGCACAGCAAGGCGCCAGACGAGGUCAUCCUCGCCGUGGUUUUUCUGCUUUUCACGACAGCAUACUUUGGAUCUUCUACAGGCUCUGGUGCCUUCUCGCUUCGAAGCUUCAAGGAAGCUGUUGGUUUGCCGACCAUGCCCCCAGAGGUGGAUGACGUGGAAGUGCCUGUGGUGAAGAUCGUUGAGGAGGAACGCGAGGACUGGCGUACGAAGGUUUGGUCAGCUCUUGCACAGCUCAGCCGCCACACGUUGCCGGAAGCCGCAGAGCGCUUGGUGUCUGGGCAGGAAGGUCCUGGUUCACUGGCCAGCUCCCCGGACUUCUUUGCGGAGUCCACUGGUGUUAGCAAUGUGGGAGGUUGGCGGGAUGGAGUGCGAAGGCCGCGGCGCUUUAGCGGCACAGCUUUCCAUGAAGGCGCAAAGUCCUGCGCCGAGCGGACUUGGGACGGGCUUUUCGCCGACGAGGCCAAGAGCCCUCCAGAUGAAGAUGAGCAGCCUCACGUCGCCGCGCUGAUGAACCUCCGCACUUUGGAGGGCGACUGGGUUUUGAACAAGGGGAAGAGUGAGCUGCUGGAUCCGCUUCUGCUAGUUAUGGACAUCUCCUGGCAUCCUGCACUUCCCACUCGCUGCGAUCCACCUGAGUACACCGAGUACCGCAUUUCGGUGACGCGACAUUUUUUCACGCCGGUUCACAUGGGACAUCCGCUGUACUCUGUCAUCCCUCUGGAUGGCUCUGUCGUCAAAGUUCCUUCCCCUGCCGGGGGCACAGCGCAAGUGCGCUGCCUUACCCGCAGUCCGAAACAGGUGGUGGUGCUGUGGGCAAGGCCUUCGCACGUCGGUGGAAACUGCAUGCAGGACACUUGGAUCCUGCUUGAUUCCGACCGAGCAACUCGCAGAUUGGAGUAUCGCGGAACCUGCAUCACCUUGGAGUAUGUUCGCAAGCGAUGA